AAACCCUACCACCACCACCACCAUCACCACCACCACCACCAGGACGGCUGGACGGGGAGGGGCAGGCGGGGGUGGUGGAGGGACUGCAUCAAGAGGACCCAAGGCUGGUGGAGUUGGUGAGAGAGAGAGUCCACCCCCCUUCUCCCCUCCCCUACAACCUGACCCACCCUGGGAAGAAACACUAUUCAGAAUUUGGCCAAAGCAAUAUUCUCGAUGAGUUUAUUCUACAUGGACUGAACUGAAGGGAAGAAAGGAGUCAUGAGCCACUUCCUACGAGAGGGAGAAGAAGAGGGAGAGGGAGAGGGAGAGGGAGAGGUGACAGUGCUCUCCCUGCCUCUCUACACCAUCCUGCUCUCCCUCAACUUGACUCAACUGGAUUUCCUCUCCCUGGAUUUGGAAGGAGCCGAGUUAAAGGUGCUGCGGACGGUGCCGUGGGAGAGGGUGCGGGUGAGAGUGCUGUGUGUGGAGUGCAACCGCGUGGGAGCGUCGCCUCUCACUCACUUCCUGCUCUCCCAAGGCUACUACCACAUUGGCAACUUUGGCAUCGACUGCUGGUACGGCUGGCCCUCUCUCCUCUCCCAGACCUUCCCCUAGUACUCUCCCAGGGGCUUGUUACUGUCCCAGCUUCACUUCUCUCCCUGUUCCUCGUAGAAUGUUUUGAUAUGUUGCUGGUGAUACCCGUGUUUCUACUGCGCUACUAUGCAGGUACUGGUGGCCUGAAUCUUCCCUAGUACUACCACAAAUCACUGGUUACUCGUACACACGCCCUCUUGUACUGUGUAACCUCAAAUGUUGAAUAUAUACUUGUAAAUCGAAGUGG